AUGUCAACUGGUUCUGUCAGACAGCUGAGUUCCUGUGAUAACCAGAAUCAGUUCGCUCGGAGAGAGGGCAUGUUCGAAACCCGUCCGGGGAUGAAACCACCUGAAUUCUCAUCCGAAGAAGAGCUCGACUUCGCUUGGAGAGAAUGGGCACGGCAGGAGCAACUGAGGAGGAUCGUUCUUGCACUACAUAUCCAUGAUGCUGAGCUGUCGUUUCUAUACCAUCGAGACUCACUGCUUAAACACAGAAGAUCUCAAAAUGAAACAUUACAGACGAGCUUGGCAUUCAACGCUACAACUGCUCAAGAUUGGGAGGCUUGUCUGAGGACUGCAGAAGAAUCGCAGGCUGAUAGUAGGGAUCUGCAUCAUCAAAGUCCAAGCGACUCCUUUGCAGCUUACAUCAAACUCGAAGCAAUCGGUGUUCUGAUCACAGAAGAUCGACGACAGGAAUGUUUGGAAACAACAUGCAAGAACUACGAAGACAGUCUGCUUAGUUGGCACCAAUCUUUCACCCGGAAUCAACAGUUCGAUAAAAGUGACGAGUUCUCUCUAAUACCUCUGUGGCACUGGACGUUCAUGAACCUCCUCGUCGACCUCGACCUGAUCGAAUCUGCCAUUGGUCGAGAUGGUCCAGAAAGAGGAUAUGAAGCACUCGAGUACGUUACGAACUGGGUGUCGACCAAAGAUGCCGCUCGAUGCAUGAUGCAUGCCUUCCUGCUCCAAAAACGUCUCGAAGUAUUGAAAUCCGACGAUAGCCCAGCAAUACACGUCCCCCGAAUCACGUUCGCAGCUGCUAUCGUUUCGUACUGCUAUAUCGCGUAUGGACCUGGACAUGACCCACUCAAUGGUUCGAGUACUUUAUUCGAUAUGGCGGUUCCGGAACUUCGCGCUCUGAGAACGGAUGCGAAGCAAUUGACAUGCAUCUCAAGAUUAACGUGGAACCGCAAUACGACUUCAUCUGUAACUGCAGCGACGUUAUGUGUCCUAAAUGGAUUGUUAGAGAGAAUGAGUGUCUGGGGAUUGGCGGGGAGAUUUGCGAGUAUUGUAUCCCGCUUAAUUGAUGCGGAAGCGUGA